GCCGGCGCCGUUUGGCGUUGCUGAUUACAGCCACUGCCCGUGGGACAUGAACACGCUGGAGGAAGGCGUGGAGUUCCUGCCCGCCAUGAACUCCAAGAAGGUGGAGAAGCGCGGCCCGAAGCGAGCGGUCGUCAUCGGCGUCGCGCUCGCCCUCUUCCUCCUCGCCUCCCUCGGCGCCGGCCUCCUCGUUUGGCACUUCAAAUACAGGAACGUGCCCGUGCGGAAGGUUUUCAACGGCAACUUGCGGAUUCUCAACCAGGGCUUCCUCGACGCCUACGAGAACUCCAGCUCGCCCGAGUUCACCGCGCUCGCCCAGAAGGUGAAGAGCACGGUGGAGGAGAUCUACGGCAGCCACCCUGACAUCGGGCCCUACCACAAGGAGACGGUCAUAACUGCGUUCAGCGAAGGCAGCGUCAUCGCCUACUACUGGUCGGAGUUCGUGGUGCCCGCCUACCGCGAGGAGCAGCUCGACAGGGCCAUGGCCGAGCGGCAGAACCUGGUGCAGCGGCUCAGCCCGCGCCUCCGCCAGCCCUCGCUGCGCGUCGAGGAGGUCGUCGCUUUCCCUGUGGAUCCCACCAUUGCUCGUUCCGCUCGAGACAACAGCUGCAUUUUCGCCCUGCACGCCAAGGAAGGGGAGGUGACGAGCUUCGCCACGCCGGGCUUCCCCAACAGGCCCUACCCCAACCACGCGCUCUGCUACUGGGCCCUGCGCGCCGACGCCGGCCGCGUCAUCAGCCUGACCUUCCGCACGCUCGACCUGGAGCAGUGCGCCGACGGCAGCGACUACGUCAAGGUCUACAACUCGCUGAGCCCCGUGGAGCACGACGCCAUGGUGAGGCUCUGCGGGAAUUACGCCCCUUCCUACAACCUGACCUUCUUGUCCUCCCAGAACGUCAUGCUCGUCACGCUGGUCACCAACAAGGAGGGGAGGUUCCCGGGCUUUAAGGCCGAGUUCUUCCAGCUCCCAAAGAUGAAAGCCUGUGGUGGGAGCCUGAGAGGAGAGAGCGGCACCUUCACCACUCCCUACUACCCGGCCCACUACCCGCCGGCCACCGACUGCGUCUGGGACAUCGAGGUCCCCUCCGAGAAGAAUGUGAAGGUGCGUUUCAACAUGUUCUUCGUGCUGGAGCCGGACAUCCCCAUGAGCUCCUGCACCAAGGACUACGUGGCCAUCAACGGCACCAGGUACUGCAGGGAGCUCUCCCAGUUCGUGGUGGCCAGCGGCAGCAGCAGGAUGCAGGUCCGCUUCCACUCGGACGCAUCCUACACGGACACCGGCUUCUCCGCCGAGUACCUGUCCUACGACUCCAGCGACCCCUGCCCGGGCAAGUUCGCCUGCAACACGGGCCGCUGCAUCGACCGCGCCAUGCGCUGCGACGGCUGGCUCGACUGCACGGACGGCAGCGACGAGCGGGGCUGCACGUGCACGGAGCAGCAGUUCCGCUGCCACAACGGCUGGUGCAAGCCCAAGUUCUGGGUGUGCGACAACGUGAACGACUGCGGCGACAACAGCGACGAGCUGCAGUGCAGCUGCCCCGAGGGGAGCUUCAAGUGCGACAACGGCAAGUGCGUGGCCGGCGCGCAGAGGUGCGACGGCCGCGACGACUGCGGCGACGGCAGCGACGAGGGCACCUGCAGCAGGGCCCCUGUCACGGUGGCCUGCAAGGACUACACGUACAAGUGCCGCAGCGGGACCUGCAUCAGCAAGCAGAACCCCGAGUGCGACGGCGAGCAGGACUGCACCGACGGCUCCGAUGAGGACAACUGCAACUGCGGCCUGCGCUCCUACGUCAAGAAGUCACGCAUUGUGGGCGGGCAGAACUCGGACGAGGGCGAGUGGCCGUGGCAGGUGAGCCUGCACGUCAAGGGCCAGGGCCACGUGUGCGGCGCCUCGCUGAUCUCGGAGCGCUGGCUCGUCUCGGCGGCGCACUGCUUCGGCUACCUGCAGGGCAUCAGCUACGGCGACGCCAAGGUGUGGACGGCCUACGUGGGCCUCACGGACCAGGGCAAGCGCGACGGCGCCAAGGUGCAGGCGCGCGCCGUGAAGCGCGUCGUCGCGCACCCCGCCUUCAACGACUACACCUACGACUACGACCUGGCCGUGCUGGAGCUGCAGGAGCCCGUCGCCUUCUCCUCCGUCGUCAAGCCCAUCUGCCUGCCCGACGCCACCCACAACUUCCCCCCCGGCAAGGACCUGUGGGUGACGGGCUGGGGAGCCACCGCCGAAGGAGGCAGCGGUGCCGCCGUGCUGCAGAAGGCGGAAAUCCGCGUGAUCAACCAGAGCGUGUGCAACGAGCUGCUGCCCGGGCAGCUCACGGCGCGCAUGAUGUGCGUGGGGGUCCUCACGGGCGGCGUGGAUGCCUGCCAGGGCGACUCCGGGGGCCCGCUGGUGAGCGUGGAGAGCAGCGGGCGCAUGUUCCUGGCCGGCGUGGUGAGCUGGGGCGAGGGCUGCGCCCAGCGCAACAAGCCGGGCGUCUACACGCGCCUCACCAAGCUGCGACAGUGGCUCAGGGAGCAGACGGGGCUCUAG